AUGAAAGAUCGAAGAUCAAGGAAUCAACCCGCGAAUAUUCCCCAUGCCAAAUUUUGCUCAAACCUUGAAUCAAAGGAAUAUGUUUCCUCCUAUUCAUCAUUCAAUCGAAGCCUUCCAAACAACCAUGGUUGGAAGCAAGCGCACGAAAAGCAAGACAUCGCAGCAGCCACCACUUUCUACUGCCGAAGCUGGCUACCUCCACGGCUCCAGCCGCUGUUGUUCCUCCUUUUAGUCCAGCAACUAAGAGCACCCAUUAGACACGCGACGCUGCUUCUCUAUGCGUCCUUGCUACCAGCACAGUCUUGCAGCCGCAAGAACUGCCAAUCGACUCCAGCAACACCUCACUGUACGGCCAUGGUCAAAUUUGAUGCUCCCCACCACAACAGCACUGCGGUCCAUUCGGACGUCGUCAUUCAUGACUAA